CACUCCAAGGGACUAGUUGUUCCUUUCUGUGUAUGAGGAAACUAUAGCUUUUCUGGGCUGUGGAGACGUUGCAUCUGGAGAAUACAAAUGGAGUUGCACAUACACCAGAGCUCUGGAAACAGUCAAGUGGCCCAUCCUCAGGAGCCUCAUCACUCCAUGGAGAAGCCAGUCAUCCACUGCCAUAAAUGUGGUGAACCAUGUAAAGGUGAAGUACUUCGUGUCCAGGCCAGGCAUUUUCACAUCAAAUGUUUUACCUGCAAAGUGUGCGGGUGUGACUUGGCUCAAGGCGGCUUUUUCAUUAAGAAUGGAGAAUACCUUUGUACUGUGGAUUACCAGCGGAUGUAUGGGACCCGAUGCAAUGGCUGUGGGGAAUUUGUGGAAGGAGAGGUCGUAACUGCUCUUGGGAAGACCUAUCAUCCUAACUGCUUUGCCUGCACUGUAUGCAAACAUCCUUUCCCACCAGGAGACCGGGUUACUUUUAAUGGAAGAGAUUGUCUCUGUCAAAUGUGUGCUCAGCCUCUGCCAUCCAGUCCAAAAGAACUUUCCAGUUCCAGCAAUUGUGCAGGCUGUGGGAGAGACAUAAAGAAUGGACAAGCAUUACUAGCAUUGGAUAAGCAGUGGCAUCUGGGAUGCUUCAAAUGCAAGGCCUGUGCAAAGGUCCUAACUGGAGAAUAUAUCAGCAAAGAUGGAGCACCUUACUGUGAAAAGGACUAUCAGGUUCUUUUUGGUGUCAAAUGUGAAGCAUGUCACCAGUUCAUCACUGGAAAAGUCCUAGAGGCAGGUGACAAGCAUUACCACCCGAGCUGUGCACGAUGCAGCAGAUGCAACCAGAUGUUCACAGAAGGAGAAGAAAUGUACCUGCAAGGUUCUACAGUUUGGCAUCCCGACUGUAAGCAGUCCUCAAAGGGAGAAGAAAAGUUACGGCAUUCGUCAUCUGAUUUCUUUUAUCCAAAGAGUUUGGUUCUUCGCAGGCCACGGUCAUCAGAGCCUAUAAGAACAUCCUCAGAAAGUAUUUAUUCUAGGCCUGGAUCCAGUAUACCUGGCUCACCAGGCCAUUCAAUCUAUGCAAAAGUAGACAAUGAGAUCCUUGAUUAUAAGGAUUUAGCAGCCAUUCCCAAAGUCAAGGCCAUUUAUGACAUUGAGCGUCCAGACCUAAUUACUUAUGAACCCUUCUACACUUCUGCCUACGAAGAGAGACAGGAGAGGCAGAGUCUUGGAGAGACUCAGAGUUCAAGAUAUGGCAGUUCUCCUGUGCACGAUGAAAGUUCUCCAAGGACACUCUCUCCAACCCCAUCUGCAGAAGGAUAUCAGGAUAUUCGGGAUCGGAUGAUACACCGGUCUACCAGUCAGGGUUCCAUUGGUUCCCCAGUGUAUAGCCGUCACAGCUACACUCCCACAAUGUCACGUUCACCGCAGCAUUUUCACAGACCUGAUCAAGGCAUCAAUAUUUAUAGGAAACCACCAAUCUACAAACAACAUGAUGCAGCUGCUCUGGCAGCCCAGAACAAGUCUUCUGAUGAUAUCAUCAAGUCCUCCAAGUUCCCAGCAGCCCACGCUCCAGCACCCAACGAGAUUCCAAAGAUUGAGACAGAAUACUGGCCAGGUCCUCCCUCACUUGCGGCUGUAGGUUCUGACAUGCGACGCAGAUCCACUGGCAGAGAUGAAGAUCUUGAGGAGCUUCAGAGGCGCCGGCAGCUGCAAGAGGAACAACUUAUGAAGCUCAACUCGGGUCUGGGGCAAUUGAUAUUAAAAGAAGAGAUGGAAAAAGAAAGGUCAGCACUUUCCAGCAGUCGUUAUGACUCUCCAGUUAAUUCAUCUCCACAUGCUACUGCUGCCUCCAAGACUUCUUCCCUUCCUGGUUAUGGAAGAAAUGGACUUCACAGGCCAUUGUCUACAGACUUUGGUCAGUACAACAGUUAUGGGGACGUGUGCAAUGCUGCUCAAGAUUUUCAGUCCCUCCCAGAUGGUCAUGUCCCUGGAAUGCGAAUGGACCGAGGGGUGUCUAUGCCUAACAUGUUGGAACCAAAGAUAUUCCCAUAUGAAAUGCUCAUGGUGACCAACAGAGGGCGAAGUAAAAUUCUAAGAGAAGUGGACAGAACCAGGCUGGAGCGCCACUUAGCACCAGAGGUUUUUCAAGAAAUAUUCGGCAUGACGAUACAGGAAUUUGAUAAGUUACCUCUCUGGAGACGCAACAACAUGAAGAAGAAAGCGAAACUCUUCUGAAUCAUUCUCUCCCUUGAAGGGGGAGAAAACAUCACAUAUAGGAUAAUGUAUUAUACUUAAGUUCAAACACUUUUUGGAGAGCAACCACUCUACGAGAGGGAGGGGGGUAAAAGGGAAAAUCUGAGAAAGACCUAUAUAUUCCUUGUGAUUAUGCAAGGGCCUGUCAAGCUUGUCAGAGAGUUGUGGCACAAAAGUGUCGGUGUUCAAAAUCUUAGCGGUGGUGUUCAUGCAUUACAAAGUUUUUACAUGAUGUAUAUACACAGUGUGGAGCUGCUCUGCCCUCCCUAUUUCCCUUUCACUUUUAUUUAAAGGUCAAGGGGCCUUAUUGAUAGAGCCUGGAUGUGCAGAUAGGUUGCCAACCCACAAUUAUGUAGUCAUGGUCCCUCCAAGAAAUGAAAGAAUAUAUUCUGUAGUUAAUGAAGGAAUCUUGUGUAAUAUAUUUAUCCUUUGGGCACAGCCAUUAUAAUUAAUUGGUCUUGUCUUCAACUGGCCUGUUAUUUUUGCAAUACCCAUCAUCAAAGCAGGCCACUGAGCCAGCUCAGCUCCGCUGUGCUGUGUACCAGCCAAAUUCUUGGAGAGCUAACUCCCAGCUUGCACUUGCAUGCAUCUGCUAGGAAUCUCAAGAGCAAAUUAUAUUAUUUUGUUGUCAAAUCUUUCCUCCUCCACUUUUUUCCUUGUUUUAAUUAAUGCAGCUCUUGCUUUUAGCAAGUUUGUUGAGAAUUAAACCAGAGCAGCAAGCCAAAAUAAUAAUAAUAAUGGGCUGGUUUUCUACUUCUAUAACAAGAAAAGUAUUUCCAAAGUGAAAUACAAGUGUAGGCUUAAUUCAGAUGCUACCUGUGCCACAUGGGAAUCACUGUGGCAUGGUCUGGCCGCAUGCUGCUUUGGUAAUGUUUCUAAAGAACUAGAAUGUGGGCUGGUGCAAUUAUAUAGUUACUUUCCGUGCCAUCACCACCUGUCAUGAGGUCUAGCAGUAACCACAUGGGGAGUUACUGGGGAGUAACCACAUCAUUAUCCCUGCAAAAAUGGCUCUACUUUGCAAAAACUAAUAGUAUAGGAUGGCAACAGACUACAGCAAAGCAAGAGCCACCCCAUUACAAAAUAAACUAUUGAAUCAGGACGAAAAUAAUUGGAAUAGACAUAAUACUGGUGUACAUCCGCUGGUUUGCUAUACUGGCAACUGCUGGAAUGUCUGUGACAAAAAAUGAUAUUUAAUCUACUUUGUGAUUCUAUGAGACAAGGCACUUCCUGGAAGUUUUGCUGCUAAAACAUGACAGAUCAGUGACUUUAUUGGAUGCUCCAAUGACACUGCACAAUAUCAAGUUAAGCAAUGGCCUGGUUUGCUUGUCACACUAAGCCAAACAGGGAGAUUGCAACCUCUGGGCAUUCUGCUGCUGUGCUGUGCUGAGCUAAACCAUUCCUUUGCUUAGUGUGUCAUCUAAACCUAGGCUCAUGAUUUAGUUCUAAACAACCACGAGCCAUAAACCAUAGGACAAAUCUUGGUUACAACUCAUGGUUCAGUCCGGAGAGAGCUAAACCAUGAGCCUGGGUUUGGGCAACCCACUAAGCCAAGCCAGGCUCAGCACAGCACAGCAACAGGACCGUGGAGGAGCAAAGCAUCCAUCAUCUUAUAUCCCCAGAGCGUAUGCAUUUGACUAAGCCAUGGUUUGGCUUCACAUGACAUGUAAACUAGGCCAAUGUUUAUAUGAUUUUAUUCAUGUAACGACAGGCUCGUCCUUAGUUAAAGCACUUGGGUUUUAUUUUAACAUUACAAAACUGCAGCCUAGGUUAUUUUCUUUAUUUAUCCUCAGUGCCUGGAAGAAGGAACACCUAAUGCAGUUUCUGAAUCCAAUGAAGCUCAAUAUGCAGUCUUUCCCUAGAGAACAUUAUGUGAAGCGGCCUCUAUCUAGCAGAACUACUUAGAGGGUUGUAUACUUUCUGUUCAUUUAAGAACAGUUAAGAAUUUAUUUUGAGAGAAUCUGGAGCUGUUUCUUGCCAACAGGAUGCACUUGAGAAGUUUAUCUUUUACUUUGAGUGAUGAUUGUUGCCAUUUUUAUUUUUGUUUUCAGUAGAAAUUUCAUAUUAGCAAUUCACUUACAGUGCAAUCCUGUACGUGUUUACUCAGAAGUAAACCCCACUGUAUUCAGUGAGACUUAUUCCCAGUUAAGCAUGUACAGGAUGGCAGCCCCUGGUCUCUUUGAGGCCUGUGAAGGCAGGACCUUUAGUUUGCCCUGCUCUUACAGUUAAGAGUUCAGCAUAGAGACUCAUUUGCCAAAAGAUAAGUUACCAUAUAAGCUCUUGAUAGGUUGGUCAUCCAAGCCCAUAUCACAUAUCCAAGCCCAUAUCCUCACAAAGGGGGUUAUACAUGAAUCAGAUACUGAUGAGUAGAAGAACACGAGGUAAAAUGCAUGGGAAAGUACAGGUUUUUUGUUGUGUCUUGCCAAGUAGUGAAGAUAAUCUUACCACAUUUCCACACCAUAACUCUUGGAAGCAGGGCACAUGGUAACAUUCUCAUCACAUUCCAAUGACUAGCUUACAAUGUGGCUAUAUGGUAAGUUAUCACCUGGUCAAUGGCCACAUGUUAUAUCCUUUAUCAGUGAGCAGGAGAAGAGUGCCUCUGCAACAGAAUAAUAAGGGCCCAAUUCAGCAGGGGAGGUUAGCCAUGUUAUGUGGAAAAGUAGACGUCUUACCCAUUGAAGUCUGUCAUGUAUCCAACAUGAUGUUCUAGCAGCACUAAGACGCUUAAACAGUCAUUCAAGCUGCAAUACAAAUUUGCAUUAUAGUAAUACUUCCCAUCGUUAUAUUGUGUUCACUUGUUAGUUCAGAUUCACUGCCAUUUACAAUCAAUGCCAGAAUGAGCAUUCUGGGUUAAUGGCUUACAAUUACACCUUGCUGUUCAUUGGAAAAACUGGACAUUUGUACAAAGAUCAAACAAUGGUUUGGAAGCCAAUCUAUUGCAAAGGAAUAUAUGGGCUGGCUGCUUUAUGCCUUCUUCCUAGGCAUGCUGUUGCUACUGCCACCACAUUCAGUGUCUCAGUGAUUUGGCUUUCUUCUUCCCUUCCCUUAGUGCAACUGCUUUUGUCUUAUGAUCUCUGGAAAGACAUUUCUAUCUGACCCACAGAAAGAGCAAAAGACAGUGUAUCCUGAAUGCAGUGGUACAGCCAACUUCUAACCCCAGCAGCCAGCGUCAACCCUCUGGAUGCAUUCUUUCUUGCUUUUUCUCUCAGAAUAUGUUUUUAUCUUGAAACAAUUGGGAUGGCUGCUUUUUUAAAAAAAACUCCGAAAGCAUGGGAUCUUUUCCCAGUUGUCUCAUAUUUGAGCACAUGUCCUUCAGCUCAACAGACAGAGAUGCUAAAAGUGUGGGUGAACUACUUACUGCAUGAAUUCUAUUUGGAAAAGAUCCCACAUGUGCCCCUAAACCAUAGGGAAAGCCAAUCAUUUGUAGGUUCCAGCCACAUAGAAUGUCAUGUCCUACCACAGCCUUCUAUUCUUCUAUGUCAUUCUAUGUCAAUUUUCCCUACCUCUAACCCCUCAGUUUCACUAUCUCCACAUGGGCCAAUCCAGGUGGAACUCCACUUAUUAAACUCCCAGCAACUAGGAUGGCCUUGUAAUUUGUGAAAUGCUGACGGAUGUGAGAGAAGACAUUGGAGCCUGUCCCAAAUAUUAGAAAUGAAUAGUUAAGUCACCUCUUUACUCUGAAACAAAACACUCAAAUGUAUCUGGAAACUAUGGAACAUUUUUAUCAGUGACACAUGAAUCCUAUGAAGCUGUAGUUACGUUGUCUGGCCAGUCCCUGCGCUAUAGUUCUAGCAAACAGAACUGUUCCAGGGUGACAUACUGCAGAUUCUGGGGGAUGCUUCCAAAGUGAUGACUUCUAGCAUUACUCAAGUUCUUUUACUGCAAGCUAGAUGUCGAAUCGCCAUUGUCUUCACACACCACUCUGUGAAUAGGCAUAGUGCUUAUGUGUGUGGGUACUGCUUAUGUCCUGUCCACAGUAUCUGGUAUAACAAAAGCGGGCAGGGAAGGAACAACUAUGAGUCCACCGUGUUUUAAAUCUAUUUUGGAUCCAUUUUUAAAAAAUCAGUUCUUCCAUUCGCACUUAAGCACUUUUUCAUUUAGGUGCUGUGACUCUGAUCAUUUUUUAAAAAGUUAAGCUAAGCAGUAUGUUAGCACUAAUUAAAAUAUCAGCCAGGGGGAAAAUGGACAUGGUGCUAAAGUGGCAAUGGCAAAAAGCAGAGAUGGGGGCUCCAGGUGCUAGAAAUAUGAUUUAUUACAAGCCCACCAUGUGUUAGAAAAAAUCUUCAACAGGGCCCCUAUCAAUAAUACAAACUUAGAUAGGAAAUAGGAUAGUGAGUAUAAAAACAGUAUAAUACAUGCUCACCACCUCAUACUAAAUGAAUAAAAUUUAAAAAAUACUACAAAAACUUAAAAUUGCAUUUGAUGUGUUUUUGUUGAUAUAUAUGCUAACAAAACCAAAUAAAAAAUAAACUCCUAAAACUGUCUGAUAGACUGCCAAAAGGCUGAUAAGUAAGGCUCAAAAUGUAACCUAAAACUCUUUGGAAAAUAUUUGUUAUUAUCUUCCACUUUCUUCCAGCAUGGAAUCCACCGAGGGCAGCACACAUUUAAGUACUAGCAAUGAUGCAGAAUUCUAGAAAGGAGAACCUUUAACAGGUGUGGUGCUUCUGCCUAAUAGAAUGGAAUGAAAAUAGGAUUUUAAUAUUGUACUGGUGUAAAGGAUCCCGCAGAUAGUAGAUCAGAAAAUUUGAAAUUAAGUAGCAGAACGAAACAGAAGAACCAUGAAGGAUUAUGUUUAUUUAAACAACAAAAAGGAAAUCAGUUCUGCAUUGAAAUCUUUUGGAAUUAAACUGGAUUAAACAAUUUUUUUUUUAUAUGCAAUAAAAAAAAUUAUUUCUAGCACUUGGAGUUUCUCUGUCCCCCCCCCCUUUUUUUUUGCCUGUCAGUGGUGCUUCUGUCAUUUUUCUAUGGCUGGUUUUGUUCUAAGACUUCAUUGACCAGAAAGGCAGCAGGGUUUUAAAAAUCAGUUUGUGCUAAUGCAGUUGUUUCAGUUUUUAAAAAAUAGGUGAAAAGGCAUUUUAGUGCAAAAUGCUGAUUUAAAAAAAAAAAAACACUGAAAAUUGUUGUGGUAAAAAAAGAUAAUAGUGAAGAUGUGCUGAAGUAGAUAUGUGGUGAUAGGAUUAACAAACAUCCUUUGAUAUGUCACUGCACACACCAAAACAUUUUUAAGACAUGGAAGACUAAUGUGGAUAUUGCAUUACUAUUCCAUUCUUUCAAAUAAAAAGUCAUUUUCUGUUGUCUGAAAAGAUGGAAGAACUACAGGGAAAACACAAGGGAACAGUAAUUUGAUGACCAAAGAGUAAGCCUUGAAUUCAUUAGAACUGAGUAGACAUGGUUAGGACUGUGCUGCAAGUCAUGUAGAUGCAACCUAGAAAGUGAGUGAACAAGGCAUGGCUAGUCCAGAGUCACUUACUGUGGAAGUACUCCAGAAUGCAAACAAUCACUGUGGAAGACUUUACUUGAUUUGUGGCACGUUAUUUAUAUAUUAUAUAAGUCCUGAACUAUGUGGUGAAAUAAAAUGCUGGAGACAGGCUAUUCAUUUGAAAUGAAAACAUUUCAAUCACCUCCAGUGUGAGCUUCCUACUGGUGCUUAACUAAGGACAAUUUUCUCUGCCCAUUCUUCUCUUUCACAUUUCUACUGCUUGAUCCAAAAUGCAACCUAGCAUCCAGCAUAAAGAGUCCAGCAUUUUGGCUGACAUUAUUUUUCAUGUUCCUGGUUUGCCAUCUUCUUCCUAAUAAGGGACUCUGUAGCAAUAAAUAAAAAUAAUUAAAUGUUGCUUUUCCAACAGCUCUUUGAUGGGGAAAGCAGCACCAAUUGACUUUCUGCCUAAAAUAUAGCUGUUAGAAGCACAUCAUCUCUCUCUGGAAAAAUAGGGGUAACUCUGCAGAGGCCCUUCUUGAAUUUCUGCCUUUGAACGGUCAAAUAAGCAUAGUUUAACCCCAAAUACCAAAUCACAAAAUAUGGAAAUAAUUGGGUUUCAAGUAGUUUUAUGACUUCCUUCAUUGUGCAAAAUAUUUCAAAUUGGGAGGAAUAAUGUUUAUUACUACAUCUUUAAGAUAUUCACCCAUGUGUGAGAAUGAUAACAUUGAUCAUUAUUUUCCAAGGACUUCCAUCGAAACCCAUUAACAUCAACAGGAAAUUUGGUAAUUAACUUCAGCAAGCUGUGGAGUGCAGCAAUGUAAAUACAUGGCAAAUUCCUGUUGCUUUUAAAGGAUAUAGAUUUUUCCCCAAGUCUGUUUCUUCAAGGGUGAUAGAUGUUACUUUGCAUUAUUUAUUUUCCAAACUAAUCUACUAUCAGUGAAUCAAAUGGCACAAUCAAAGUCUGCUGUAAAUCCUGUGGAAUUUGAUUAAAAGAGUCACAAUGUUAGGUUAUUUCUCAACCAGCUAGAUCAGAGAACAACCUUUAUCAAGUGUAGUUUAUUCCCAUGACAACACUUUAUAUUAAUGACAUCAUUUGGUGCAAAAUAGUGUAAGUUGCUGACAACCCUUGUAGAAGGGGAGCCUUAUUGCUGUUUUGUAGGAAGAUCACUUUUAUGAGAUAUAUUUUGCUUCAUUUUAACUACAAGGUUUUUUAAUUACAUGUUUCUUCUCUUUCCCUGCUCAACUCAUUUCCAGAAAUGUGACAAAGUAGCCUUUUUCAGAUUAUUUCCCUUAUAUAUGUAUGUUCUUCUUUUGUUGUGGGACAACUCUGAUUUGGAGCCUCUGUUUAAGGGGGGGAUCACCAAUGCCUAUCUAUACAGUCAAGUCUGCUUUUUCUGCAAAACAAAACAUUGGCUGUCAUUGCUGUUCAUCUCUACUUUCAUUAUGCAAAUGUCGCCCAACCACCCCAAUGUCACUAUAAUCUGCAUCACUGUUGUACUCAAACCAAGU